AUGACUAACUGGAAAGAUGCGUCCAUCGAGCAAAUCGCUAUUGCGACAAUAUUAUCGCAUAUUGCUCAAUUCGAUAAUCGAGUACAGGGUAUGUCAUUCACCAACGAAAUUCAGACGAGACAGCAAUUACAAAAGGAGUUACAAGCACUCUCUUUUAAACGACCAGCCGCAGUAGACAAUGCUUCGCAACGCCCGGAGAAGAUGCGAAGAACUUCAUCAUUUCAACCCAAGAUGACGAAAUGUUUCAACUGCAAUAAAUUUGGACAUCGACAGGCUGACUGCCCCGAGAAGCGGAGACAAGACCAGAAAUUCACCCCUCAGCGGUCCACAUCGGGAGCGUCAAACAGCGGGAGAUGCUUCAAAUGCGGUGAGACCGGACACUUCGCCAACCGCUGCAGGAAGAAUGAGGGUUCUGUCAAGACGGUCAACGUCUGUGCAGUUGAUUUACCUGGGGGUACUUUUAAGCAUAACGGUGAGUCGUAA